GUUAUGGGGCAACUCCCCACAGUCACGCACACCACCACAAACGCAGCAUAACGCGUCGUUCGACGUCGGUGUUUGUGUCUACGUCACGUCGGCUUAAAUUAUGUUCUAAUUACCCAGCGGCAACUGCGAAGGCAACUCAAUCGAAGCACAGAAUGCUCCCUCAAUUGCAUAACAGCACUUGCGCAUGAGUGUGUGUGUGUGUGAGGAAACGCCAGAGGACCGAAACACACCACACCGAACAGCGGCGUAGGGAAAGAGACGGCAGAAGCCAGAAGCAGCUGAAUUGCAGUACAAACAGGGUUUAUCGCUAAAACAAAUUAUCGCCAUGCCCGGCUGCUGACUUUGGAAAGCGACUUACUAUCGCUUCAUUACCGACAAACAGUAUUCGCCCGAUCAAACGCCACAUAACCCCUAAAGUUACCACGGCACAUUGGAAGUAGGUGGGAGUCGCCGCUAAGCAGAAACUGCAGCCCUGAAAGAUGGACGUUUUGGUGCAGUGUUGACCUGGCCACACUGACCAGCCCCCGAUUUAGUUGCUGUUUUUUUACAUAACUCGCCACAUUCGUUCGCCUCGGAAUCCGUGAUAUAUAUAUAUAUAUGAUAAUACGAUAUAUAUUAUGGCCGUUUUCCUGAUCAACGUCUGCAAGUACAAUGGCUGCGGCAUCACGUUUCCGAGCUUGAGCGAUCUGAUUUCCCACAUCGAGGACACCCACAUAGACUAUGACCCAAAGGUGGUCGAACAGAAGGAGCAGGCCCAGCCUGCCUGCCUGCCCUUAAGUUACGUCCUGCGCUUCAUCACCGAGGAGAACCGCAAGGAGGCGGGCUCGUUCCUGGCCAGCAACACAACAGCCCCACCGACCACCAACAGCGGAUCCAAUGCCGCUGGCCAUGGGAAUGGCAAUGUGGAGCUCAAGCGAAAGCUGGCCAUCAAGCACCACAGCUACAGUAUGUCCUCGUCCAACCGCAGCACCACGCCCACAGGCAGUGAAAUGGACGAGGACGAAAUGGUGGUCACGGAGUCGGAGGAUAGCAACGACUCCUGGACCACCGAGGAGUUUAGCUCCGAGUUUAUCAUGCGCUACGGCAGCAGGCAUUCCGGUGGUGGAAGCAAUGGCACGCCCGGCAAUGAGAAACCCUUCGCCUGCCCUGUUCCGGGAUGCAAAAAGCGUUACAAGAACGUCAACGGCAUCAAGUACCAUUCGAAGAACGGUCACAAAAAGGAUGGAAGAGUUCGCAAGGGGUACAAGUGUCACUGCGGCAAGAGUUACAAAACGGCCCAGGGCCUGAAGAACCACGCUCUGCACACCCACAACUCGCAGCCGGAUAGUGUGCUGAAUGCCCAGCUGGCCAAUGCGUUGGCCAUUGGCGAUGGGGCCAGUGCGGCCACGCCCGUGGGCAGCAGCAACACCUCCUCCAAUCCAAUCCCGCCGCCCAUCAUUCAGCGCAGCAACUCGCCGUCUCAGUCGCUGGGCUCGCUGAGUCCGUCGAGCAUCAGCAACAUGUCGAGCAGCGCCAGCAGUUGUCACGGAGGCAGCGGCAGUCUGUCCAACGGGAACAAUGGCAACAAUGGGAGCACUACUAGCAACACUGCCAUUCUCACUAGCAACGGGAAUGUCCUGCAGCAGCUCAGUGCCGGGAAUGUGGUCACCCUGACUAAUCUUCCCACGCAACAGCAUCAGCAGCAACAACCGCAGCCGCAACAGCAGCAGCAGCAACUCCAUCAAAACACUGCAACAGAAACCUCUUACUCCUGCUCAAACAACAGCAACCUCAGCAAUCCCAACAGCAACCACGGCAGCAGCGAUUCCAGCAAGCCGCCAACAACUGUCCUGUCCGUUAGCAAGAGGUCCACAGCAAUCGCUCCAGCGAAACUGCCCACCACCGGCAACUCCCUGCCCAUGCAGAUCUCGCCCAACUUCAUUGAGCACAAGUAUUCCGCGCUGGCCAUGAAGGAGAAGUUCUUCUUGAACCUGAGGGCCGGCAAAACGGUGUCCCCUUCACCGGGAGGCGAUGGAGUGAGCUCAGCCAUGGGACACCAAUCGGAUGUUGGCAUUUCCGGCGGAUCAGGAGCAGGCGGUGGCUUGCGGGCGGUUGCUGUGGGCCAAAUGUGCGCGCUGCAAAACGAGCACAUUCACCAAAAUCUCUUCAAGAAAACGAUCAACUGAUCAGCAGAUCGGAUGAAGUGUGCGGAUCGAGAGGCGGAACCGCUGGGCGCCGCUGAAAGGCAAGAGAGUUGGCUGUGAUGAAGUAGUAACUAACUGACUAACAAACCUGACAAGAGGCGGAGAAAGAGGAUUCGUCAAUAAGGCAGAGAUGGGAAAAGGAUGCAGAAGCUGCAGCAAUUAAUCAAGGAGGGAUAAGUGAGGGAGUCGGGCGCUGUCCUGUGGUCCUUAGAGAAGUUUUCCAAGACAAGGCAACAAGAAGCAAGAAUUUCCAUUGGCUUCCAAAAUACACAAUGCAAAAAACAAAAAACAAAACACAAACAGAAACAGAAACAAAUUCCAAGCAUUUCGCAACUAUGAAAAAAUCACCCACUAGCACACACAAAAAAAUCAUUAAAACUAAUCUCAAACAUGUUAAGCAGGCCUGCUUAGAAAAGCUUCUCUAAAACAGCUUUAGAUAAUUUUAAAAUUAAAGGAAAAAAAAAGCGAAGCAAAAGAAAAAGAAAAACAAAAAUUUGAAAAAAAAAUUAAUUAUAUACACGACAACAUUUUAGUAAAUACAUUUGGAGAGUUUUCUUCAACUAGUCAUUAUUGUAGUUAAAUUAAAUUUUUGAUUUUUAUACGCAUAAACACAUAACUUUCUAACCUACUGGUUGGUGGAAUUCCCGAACCCUAUACUUAUAACUUAAGCAACUUCUUUCCCGUGUACAAUUUCAAUGAAAUCUUAGUAAAGGGUCUUUCCCCAAUCAGUUGUUUGCGUCAUUUUAAUUGAAAAUAAAACCAUAAAUUGUCUGAAAGAGAUCCACAGAAGCAAAAUGGUGCACGGAAAUCGUUUUCGUGAGACCAUCUGAAUUAGGAAAAUUAUAGGUCGCUAGCUUGCCAAGGCAACUUUGAGCGAGUGAAAUGAAAGGCGGAGAUGCAAAAUUUAAUGUCGAAUAUUUCAAACAUAAAUAGUUAGCUACAAAUUUAGGGGAAGCCGGGAGGCGUUUCCACUUAGGAGCCACAAUAACUCUACAGUAGUUAUAGUAUUAUAAUUAUAGAUUACGCUAUUAUUUAUAGAACAGAGCAUACAUCUGUAGCUGUGUGAGUGUGUGUCCGUGCAUGUAUUGUAAUUGUUUAUUUAUAGUGUUCGAACGUCCCUAAGUGUAAAGUCCCCAAACAAAUACAAAAUAUACGAUAUGAAUACAGAAUACAAAAUAUAUUUGUGCAUUCUCUCGGCGAUUGUAUAUCAUUGUACGCCCCCCAAUUCAAUCGAACUUCCUAUCCACGCAGAAUCGGGUUCCUUAAGCAUUCAAACAGAACAAAAACAAAAUGAAAUUUUUAAAAUACGAUAUUUACAUCAAGUAUACAUAUACAUACAUACAUCAAUUUAGUCAGCCGCCAAAACAAAAUAAAAGGAAACUUUUCACAGCGCAUUUCGCAGACGCGCAGCGUCUUAAAAAUUAACCACAACUAAACUAAAUAUUUCAGCGUCCCUAUAGAUAUAACACCUAGCUAUCGAUGCAUACUUACAUCUAAAUACAAUAUCUUUAAGACCUCACGCUUAAGCGAUGCCAAACGGAUCGCCCUAGUUUAGCCAAACAACUUUUAUAUAAACGGAUCUAUAGACGUCUUCGGAUCUCCGAAGCCCCAUCGAGUUUUCAGCCAGGAGAUGCAAGUAUCCCUAGUGUCCCUACCAGAUAACUCGCAUUCAAACUUUCAGAAUGGAUAAUGAACUCAAAACCCUCUAAUGAAAACAAUAAAAUGAGUAUGUCAUCUUAUAUAAGACUGCUGUUAUGUUCGUAAAUAUAUUUAAUAUAUGUAUGUAAAAUUAACGAAAAAAAAAACCACACACAAAAAAAGUAAUAAAACCGAAAUAACUUUGAAAUAAAAAAAUCACAAAAUACAGAAAAUUAAUAAAAAUCUAUAUGAAUAGUUAACGUAUUCGUACUCUACCUACAUACUAUGUACUAUAUAAUGUAUUGUAAUUGUAAUUUACUAAAAUCGUAAUAAUACGUAGAGAAUUAACUGACGUUUAAACAUAAAUCAUCAUCGACAUCCACAUAAACACAAAAAAAAAUCCUUACAAGAGCUGAAGCUGAGAGCUCAAUAAUGGCACAUCCAUAAGCCAGGAAAAAUCAUGAUCAUCCACAAAAACAAAAAAAGUAGUAAAAUAUUCUCUUUUUGCUUUAUGUGAUCUAUUACAUACUACAUAAACAUAUGUAUAAUAAAAAUGUCCUUCAAAAACAAA